CGUAAUAUAUUCCGCUCGGCAAACGAUUUCUUGGCCGUUGAGUUGUUGAGAGAUUCAUCGGUUGUGCACAAAACUAAAACUUUUCUUGCCUAUCCAAACAAGACACUUUGGCUUGUCUCGCGUGAAGAUUUUCUUCGUUUGCAAGAACAUGGAAAAGAUUAAAGCUAGAAUAAACAAACUAAAGGAAGAUAUUGAACAGUGCGAGCAAGAUGAACUUAAUGCAAGAGCGUUGCUUGUCGAAGCCAAACAGCGCCAGGAAGCGGCCGAAAACGAAAAGACUUCGUUUGAAAGGAGGAUUAAAAUGCUCACUGAAGAACUUGCGAAAACUAAAGAGCGCUUGGCGGAUAAAGAAAAGCAAUUGGGUAGCCUUGAAACGAAAACCGCCGAACACGAAGUAGCCGUGAAAAAUCUUGAAAGUCAAGAGGUAGAAGACGACGAAAUGUUGUUGUCCUUAUCGAAUGAAGUAAAGCGCUGGGAGCUGGAUUAUGCAACGUACGACGAACAAUGGCGAGAGGCAAAGUGUAAAGAAGCAGUGCUACAAAAAGAUCUAAAAAAAGCCGAAAGUCGCUAUGAAGACUCCUCAGAAAGAAUCAAGCAAUUUUUGAAGGUUAUCAACAGCACAUCCGAGGAAAUAAAAGAUCUCGAGGCACGGGAAUAUGACCAAACGGAACGCGAGAAAGUCAACGAAGAGAAGUUACUUUUUCUUACAAAUCAUCUCAAAGAGACCCUGGUACGGGAAGACGCAGCUGAACGCGAUGCGUUGCGAUUAGAUCGUAUCAAAAACUGUCUGGAAGAUGAAAUGAAGAAUUGCAAGAAUAAAAUUGAAGGCAUCCGUAUUCAAAUGGAAGAUGUGAACAAUAUAGCCGAAUACAUCGACUGAAUUCACUCGUUCGCUUAAAACAUUUCAAUAUACCAUAAGUGUGCAAUUAUACUAGUUUUAUUGUCUGGCUCGAAUAUAUUUGUCACGUUUCAUAUCGUCCAUUAUUAAAGUUAAAGUUUUCCUUUUCAA